UCCACUGCCUCUCCGUUAUCGACAUUGGAUCCUGAUGAGUGGAAGAGCCGCCGCCUAUUUUCUUCUCUGUUUCGCCUCUGCUCUCUUCUUCCUCUCUUAUGCAGACGACAGUGCCUUAACUCCCUCCCAACUUCUCGGGGACGACGACGACGAUGGCGGCAGAGGAAACUUGAUCUCCACCGGAGGCAGGUUCGAGUUGGGCUUCUUCAGCCCCAAAGGCUCAAGCAAUCGCUACAUAGGCAUAUGGUACCACAGCAUCUCUGACAAAGCCACCAAGGUAUGGGUCGCCAACGGCGUCCACCCGGUCCCCAACCGCUCAGGACGCCUCUUCGUGACGGCCGACGGAAGGCUUGUCCUCGCCGACGGGAACUCUACCGUCUUUUGGUCUUCAGGAAACGUCUCGACGGUCGCUGUCGGCGCGAUCGCGAGACUCCAAGACGACGGGAACUUGGUGGUCAAAGACGGCAGCGACACGGUCGUCUGGCAGAGCUUCGAUUUCCCGACGGACACAAUACUCCCAGGGAUGAAAAUGGGGUGGAACAGGACGAGCGGCCACAACAUCAGCCUCAGGGCCUGGACGAACGAGAGCGAUCCGACGCCGGGCAACUUCGUGAUGGGCAUGGAUUUGAAUGGAGUGCCUCAGGAGUUGGUGUGGAACAACAUGGUGCCGUUCUGGCGCUUGGGGCCUUGGAACGGACAGUACAUGGGCGGCGCCCCAGAAGUUAUCGCAGAAAAUCUGAUGGAUUAUGCCUUCGUAGUUAACUCCCAGAUGUUUGUCUAUUGGUACGCUCUCCGUGAUCCUUUGGUGCUUGCGAGGAUAACCCUCAGCUCAGAUGGCCACAUAGUAGUCUGGGCGUGGUUAGACGAAGCUCAGUCAUGGAUAUCGCAAGCAGAUUUCCCAAGGGACGUAUGCGAUUACCUCAACUCCACUUCCUCUUGCGGCCCUUACAGCUUGUGCUCCCCCACUGUGUCACCCACCUGUGCUUGCCUCGAAGGGUUUCGUCCCAAGAAUCAGAAGAACUGGGACCUCCGCGUGUGGUCCGACGGGUGCGUGAGGAAGACGGAGUUAAACGAUUGCCGCACCGACACUGUUGGAUUCUUCAGGUUGAGGAAUGCCAAGCUGCCGGACACAUCGCGAGCUACGGUAGAUUGGAGCAUGAUAAACAUGGACGAUUGUAAGGCUCUGUGUCUGAAGGACUGCUCCUGCAUGGCUUAUGCAAGGGCCAACAUUAGUGGGAGCGGAAGUGGCUGCAUUAUUUGGACCCACGAGCUCAUCGAUAUCAAAUUUUAUAACAAUGUAUUCGGCCAGGAACUCUACCUCAAGCUCGCAGCCAGGGACAUACCGUCACGAGCCGCGUAUUCUCGCAGAAGGCGUGUAGUUUUGAUCGUAUUGGUGCCACUGUCGGCAGCUUUUGUCUUGAUUUGUGCUGGUGGCUUCAUUUGGUACACAAAGAGGCGAAACACUAGCGAAGACGGCCUCACUGUUGAUGAAGGAAGAGGACUUGAGCUAGACCUACCAUUACUUGACUUUAGCAAAAUUGUGGAUGCAACAAACAAUUUCUCAACUAGCAACAUACUUGGCGAGGGUGGCUUUGGGUUGGUGUACAAGGGUAAUUUAGGAGAGGAUCAAGAGAUAGCGGUCAAGAGACUAUCUAAAACAUCAACGCAAGGGGUGGACGAGUUCAAAAAUGAGGUAAUGCUAAUUGCUAAGCUACAACAUAGAAAUCUUGUUCGACUUUUUGGUUGUUGCAUCCAAGGAGGGGAAAGAAUAUUGGUUUAUGAAUAUAUGCCCAAUGGAAGCUUGGAUUCUUUUCUAUUCGAUAAAACCAAAAGUACAUUGUUGGACUGGCAAACACGAUAUGACAUCAUUGUUGGGAUUGCUCGAGGUCUUCUUUAUCUCCAUCAUGAUUCUAGAUUUAAGAUUAUUCACAGAGACUUGAAGGCUAGCAAUAUUCUCCUUGAUAAAGGAAUGAAUCCCAAGAUAUCUGACUUUGGCAUGGCAAGAAUAUUUGGAAGUGAUGAAACAGAAGUUAACACAAGAAGAGUUGUAGGAACAUAUGGAUAUAUGUCGCCUGAAUACAUUAUAGAUGGGAUUAUAUCAGUGAAAUCUGAUAUAUUUAGUUUUGGUGUGUUGAUACUUGAAAUUAUAAGUGGUAAAAGGAGCAAAACAACUUAUUACUCAGAGAGCCAAAUAAAUCUUUUAGGAUGCGCAUGGAAAUUAUGGAAAGCGGGUGAAGCGCUCAAGCUAGUUGAUGAAACACUUGGAACUUCAUUCCCUACGGAUGAUGUUUUGAGAUGUAUAAAGAUCGGACUUUUGUGUGUUCAAGAACGGCCAGGGGAUCGACCAACAAUGCCCAUCACAGUGAAAAUGUUGGGUGGCGAAAGUGCUUUCAUACCGGAUCCUAAACAACCUGGGUUUUUUAAUUUAAAAAAUCAUAUUGAUAGUGAUUCAUCCACAAAAUGGUCAUCUAGAAAUAAUGUAUCAAUCACAUUGAUAGAAGGUCGAUAGGGACAAUCAUAUGUGAAUUCGUUAGUAACUAACUUUUUUAAAAAUGAAAAAGAUAUUAAUGAUUUUUUUACUCCAUAAGUGUCUAUGUUUUUCAUAACAAAGCUAUCACAAGAGAUUGUAUUAAACAAUAGAUUUUGUAAUGAAAUUAUUUCAUCAUGA